GUUCAGGUGUGGGUGUGGAAAGUGAAACUGAACUCAAAAAGAGUCCAAUCACAGAUAAUUCAGCUGAAAUCAGGAUGAACCCAAAGGGUUGCACACACACACAUCCGGGAGUCAGGAUUGGUCAAACCCUUAACACCGCUUAUGAACUCUUGCUGCUAUUGGCUGUCGAAAAGAAGGAGACAGUGACGUCAGAUGGAAGCGCCGAACCCCAGUUUCCAAAGUUUUGUUGAAUGCUAAGCUUAGCUGAUGGACGACAGUGAACCUCUGUCCUCAUUAACGGCCCACGGAUGGAUGACAUCAACGUUCUACACCACAGAUGCCUUCUCAAUUUGAGGCGUAGAAUUCGAGAUAUAGGAGAUGGUCGCCCAGCGCAGGAGCGAUGCAUGAGGUUGCAGAAGGAUGGAGACACACUCAGUUACCAAGGGAACUCCGAGGAGGUGGGUUGCUAUGUGGCUGGCCAUCCUUUAUCAAAGGGAAAUUGCUACUUUGAGGUAACGAUAGUGGACACAGGAGUAAGGGGAACCAUUGCUGUGGGCCUGGUGCCUAAGUUCUACAGACUGGACCACCAGCCGGGCUGGCUGCCAUACUCUGUAGCUUACCAUGCUGACAACGGCAAGUUAUAUAAUGGUAACCCUGUUGGAAAGCAGUUUGGGCCAAAAUGUGCUCGCGGUGACCGCAUUGGCUGUGGCAUACACUCAGAAAAUACAGAAGCUGGUCUUACUACUGUCUUUUUCACGAAGAAUGGCGGAGAGGUGGGUUCAGUAGAGGUUCCGGUGUCAUCGGAGGGCCUUUUCCCCGCUGUAGGCAUGCACUCCAUGGGGGAGGAGGUGAAGGUCGACCUGCAGGCGGAGUGGCUCUUAGAGGAAGACGAUACCAUGAUGAUGGUUGACAGCCACGAAGACGACUGGGGACGGCUUAAUGACGUCAGAGUCAGCGGCAUGCUUCUGGAAUAUGUUGGCAAAGGAAAGAGCAUCAUGGACGUUGGUUUGGCCCAGGCCCGCCAGCCGCUCACCACCCGCUGCCACUACUAUGAAGUGGAGAUAGUUGAUGCUGGGGAGAAGUGCUAUAUUGCCCUGGGCUUGGCAAGAAGGGACUAUCCUAAGAACAGACACCCCGGGUGGAGCCGAGGGUCCGUCGCCUAUCAUGCAGACGAUGGGAAGAUCUUCCAUGGCAGUGGAGUUGGAGACGCUUUUGGUCCCCGCUGCUUCAAAGGGGACAUCAUGGGCUGCGGCAUCAUGUUCCCGCGAGACUACAGCCUGGACGGAGAAGGUUCAGCUGAUGUGGAGGACUGUGAUCAGCUGGAGGGCCACCCCAGUCAAGAGGGCGUCCAGAAUGUUCUGUAUCUUAACGACGAAGAGGAGGAAGAGGGGGAAGAGAUCGCUCAGGAACAGCAGGGAAGGAAGGUGACGGUGUUUUUCACCCGGAACGGGAAGCUCAUGGGCCGACGGGAGAUGGCGGUUCCUCCUGGGGGUCUCUUCCCCACCGUGGGUAUGCUGAGCAGCGGUGAGAAAGUCAAGGUGGACCUGCAUCCUCUCAGCGGAUGAAUUGAGAGAACACAGGCCAGAGCACGCACCAUUCAACUACACACAUGCACGUCUUCCUCUGCACUGCAUUGGUCAUCGCAGUUACAUCAGACCACCAGCUCUGCAGCUGUACAGUGCAGGAAAUUUCCAAUGGUUAAUGGUUAAUUCUAUGCAAUCUGCACUGCUAUCAUCCUAUUAUAUCCUAUCCUUCUGCAUGCACUUUGUAUCUGAAAUACUGAGCUGGUAAACCUCCUCAUGAGGUCUGGCUUGCUUUAUUUCAUUUGUCAUGACCCGUAGCGAAGCAGAGUGAGGCCAACGACAGUUUGUUUCAGGGAACAGGACCUCCUGCCUGCUUCUCGGCCAUCCCUCUGGGCGAGGCUGCCCUCCUCUAAGCAAUCAGGGACUUCACGUGCUGUCCUCCCACAGCCGGCUGGGCAUCAGCCAUGGGGCUCCUUAGUUUCCUCAGAAAGGCAGCCUCUUGCAAAGUUCUCCUCAAAUCAGUAUUGAGAAAUGAACCAAGCAUUCGAUGCAUCUGCUGAGCAGCAUCACGUCGGAUAUUUACUGAGAGCUUAAUUUACAGCCAUAUUCCAAAUAAAAACGGGUCAGAUACAUUUUCUACAUGGUGUCUUUGAAAAAAAAAAACUAUUUAAAUGAAUUUAUCGCGUUCAGGGAAUAUGUGUGUGUUUUAGCACUCUGUGAAGAUUAAAUAGAUAAACUUGGGCUUUAUAUUCUGGAUCCAAAUGGUAAGCAAGGUCAGAAAUUUUAAGAACCAGUCCAACAUCAAGUUGAUUAAUUUAUGCAAUUCACAAAAAGAAGUGUGAGUAAAAGACUGUUGUUAAUUGCCUUUUAACAUCUGGAAGGAAGUAAAGAGUGACGAA